GGAAUACGAGUAGGAAAAGAAAUAACUGCUACCAGCCGCUGUGUGUUUAGCAGUGCGCUGUACGUUCUGGCAGGAUGUCUGGCCACACUCUGCUGAUUUUGUAUGGCAGUCAGACGGGCACAGCCCAGGACACGGCUGAAAGAAUCGGUCGGCAGGCACAAAGGAGGAGGAUCAGUGUCCGAGUGCAAGCUUUGGACUCCUACAAUGUGGCAAAUCUGAUCUCAGAGUCUCUGGUGGUGUUUGUGUGCUCCACCACAGGACAGGGUGACCCACCAGACAAUAUGAAGAACUUCUGGAAGUUUCUGUUCAGAAAGUCUUUGCCCGCUGGCUCUCUGUGCCGCCUGGACUACGCCGUGCUCGGCCUGGGAGAUUCCUCAUAUCCAAAGUUUAACUUUGUGGCUAAGAAGCUUCAUAAGCGGUUGCUGCAGCUUGGUGCUAAUGCGCUGCUCCCUGUUGGUCUGGCUGAUGAUCAACAUGAUCUGGGACCUGAUGGAGUGGUCGACCCCUGGUUGAUUUCGUUUUGGCAGAAGGCUUUGUCCCUGUAUCCUCCACCUGCUGACUUAAGUCCACUCCGUGAUGAAGAUUCACUUCCUCCUCGCUAUGUUUUCCAUUUUCUGGAUAAGGUCACUGACCAGCUGACUGAGAAAAGCAGAGAAGCACCAGAUAACCAGGCCUCACCCUCCUCUGCUCAUCCCUUCCCAGCACGAGUAGUGUUCAAUCACAGAGUAACAGAUCCGGGUCAUUUCCAGGAUGUGAGGCAUAUUGAGUUUGAUAUCACAGGAUCUAACAUCCAGUUCAGUGCAGGUGAUGUGGUGAUGAUGAGGCCAUGUAACACUACAGAAGACGUGGAGCUGUUUUGCCAGCUGCUGCGACUCGACCCUGACCGCUACUUCACACUAAAACCUACAGAUGUGAACACAGCGCCUGUUCCUGCACGUCUACCCCAGCCCUGUACAGUUCUAUUCCUGGUGCAGGAGUUCUUGGACAUUGCUGCUGUGCCACGCCGCUCUUUCUUUGAGAUGCUCGCCACGUUCGCCAGUAAUGAGCUAGAGCUCGAGAAACUAAUGGAAUUCAGCUCAGCGAAGGGUCAGGAUGAACUGCACAGCUACUGCAGCAGACCACGGCGUACAGCUCUGGAGGUCCUGACUGACUUCCCUCAUACGACAGCUGAGCUAAAUGUGAAUUAUCUGCUCGAUUUGUUCCCUGAAAUUCAGCCACGCUCCUUCUCCAUAGCAUCUUCCCUCCUGGCUCAUCCUAAUCGCAUCCAGAUCUUGGUGGCUGUGGUCAAAUAUAAAACCAAACUUCACAAGCCACGUAAAGGCCUUUGCUCCUCCUGGCUGGCAUCUCUAGACCCUUCUCAUGGUGAUGUCUCUGUGCCCUUAUGGGUGAAGAAAGGUGGUCUAAAGUUCCCUCAGGACCCCCACACACCUGUGAUAAUGGUAGGGCCUGGGACAGGUGUCGCUCCAUUCAGAGCUGCCAUACAGGAGAGAAUCACCCAGGGCAAAACAGGUAACGUUUUGUUUUUCGGUUGCCGAUCUGAGACCCAAGAUUUCUACUUUCAUUCUGAGUGGGAGCAGAAAGUACAGGAGGGUCACAUGAACUUGUUCACGGCUUUCUCCAGGGAUCAGGAACAUAAGAUCUACGUUCAGCACAGAGUAAAAGAUAAGACCAAACUACUAUGGGACCUGAUAGCAAACAAGAAUGCAGCCUUCUACAUAGCAGGGAAUGCCAAGCAGAUGCCCAGUGCAGUGUGUGAUGCAGUGAAGGAGAUUUUCCAGCAGGAAGGAGGUGUUACAGAGAGCCAGGCUCAGGAAAUGCUGGAUAUCAUGGAGAGAACCAAUCGCUUCCAGAGUGAAACCUGGGCCUGAUCAUACACAUACAAACGUUUCUAUUAUAAAACGUCUGCAUGUGUAAUAUCAAAGUACGAGAACUUACCAUCAGCCCAACAUUUAAUAAAUCCCUGACUAGGACAUGCACAA